GCAUGUCUGAUGGAAAUGGGUGUCCAAUUAGUGCGCUGCGUUAGUGAUCCCUGCCUCGAUGCACCUAGCCCGGCCAGUACCCCGCCGGUCACCGGACUAACUACAUGUCAAUAUGUUUUCCAAAUUCCCUUAAGUAUUCAUUGUUCAGUUAUUAAGCUAUCGUUCAACUUCUAUCGGUUUUUAAUGAAAGGUGACAAAAGGAAGCGCCUCAAGAAAAAAGCGGAGUCGCUGGGCGGUGGAGUGUACGGCUCGGUGGGGGCGUCGGGCGCGGAGGGCGGGGAACGGCGCGAGGGGGGUAAGCGCGGGCGCAGGCCUGGCCGCAAGGCGCAGCUCGACAAACAGGACAUGAAGGCCAAGCUAGAACGCAGCAGGCAGUCUGCGCGGGAGUGUCGCGCGCGCAAGAAGCUCCGCUACCAGUACCUUGAGGAGUUGGUGGCGGAUCGCGAGCGGUCAGUCCUGGCGCUCAGGAAGGAACUGGAUAAGGUUUUAUUACAAGUGGAACUUGGAGCUAGACCAGGGCAGGAUGCCGGAAGGUCUGGAGGCUGUGCUCCAGGAGAUGGGCAUCGUGAAACAGGAGGAGAGUAAAUCCUUUUUGACAUAACCUUUUAUCAUUUUACCCUUUUAAAACCCUAUAUAUAAGUAUUAUGUAAGGAGUGUUGAAAGAAUGAAGACUCAUAUUAUUUUGGUGUUCAUGAAAGAAGAUGGUUUUCAACAUCUGGAUUUCGAAAAUGGAAUAUUAGAUAUCAUCAGGCAAUUUUAAAUCGUUUUCCAACAUAAAUAAGGUCUAUUUUGCAAGCAACAAGACUGCAAUCGUUAAGACAAUCAAUUUUGAACCGUUUUCCGGCGCAAUUAAGGUGUAUUUUGACAUCAGGGUUAGAUAUUAUCUGCUACAUGCGAGCAACAAGACACUACGGUCAAUAAGACAAUCAAUUUGGAAUCUUUUUCCAAAACGAUUAAGGUUUAUUUUGACAUCAACCAUCAGGACUUCGUAAAUGGAAUAUUAGAUGUUAUGAUCUACAAUGUGCCAGCAAUAAACACUGCAGUCCCUAAGACAAUCAAAUUUGAACCUUAUUCGAGUAAGAUUAAGGUGUUAUUUUAAAGAAAAUGUAACCGAUCAAGGAUAAGUAGUACUUUUUAAAAGGACGGAAUGUGAUGAAGCGAAUUUGAUCUCAUAGGCACUUAUAUCAUCUUUUAUUAACUGUUUGUAAUAGUACAGAAGAAAUUGAAAUCAUGUUUCUAAUAAAAGUACAAAUAACACCCGUACUCCAACUGUUUCAAACUUUUUUUGUACUAUUCGACUAUAGGUCUAAUUUUGUGCCUAUAAAGUUCAAAUUCCCUUGUCUAGAUGGUCACUGGAUUUGUUUUACAACCUGCUACACUGCCUUACUUAUCCUUGCUUCGGUUCAUUCUUUUAUAACACUGAAUAAUACUGGUUUGAUCCGGUUCAAACUAAUUCACAGCAGUAAAUUCUGGUUUAAACUGUACCAUGAGUAUUUAAAAUGUGUAGGGUUGGUAAUUGAGUUAAGUUGACCUAAAACGCUGUCUUCCAUCUUGAAAAACUAUUGGAAGUGGUACAAAGAGUGUUGAAUUCUAGUUCUUAUUUCAAAAUACAUAAAGAUGAGUAUAGAUUACAACAUUUACUUGUAACAGAACAACGAACCGCUCUAUAUGUUCUAGUGUAUCAUCCUUUUACGAACUAAAAUGCUUUGGAAACUGAGCUAUUGCCUGUAUUGUACCAUCAUUAUACAGGAAUGCUCCAGAAAAUGUUAUAGUCUAUAUUCACCUUAGUAUAAUAUAUUAUACAUAAUAUGAUAUAUGUAUAAUAUAAUGUCAUCUACAUGUCACUGUUUCAUCCCUUCUGUGUACCAUUCGAUUUUAGGUCUUAUUACAUACGUUUACUCAACUUGGCUCAAUUAUAUAGCUCUAUGGUUUGUUCCUAUAGACCUUAUAAAGGUAAUAUUGCAAUGUGACAAUCAUUUUUGGUUAAAUUUCGCCAAAACAUAAACUGUAAUGACAAUUUAUACAGUAUUUAAAAAAUAUGGAUCGAAAUGAUGACCAUUUUUUCUACUCCUGAAAAAAAUAACUGUAAAUUCUUAUGAAAAAUAUAGAGAUGACUUUAUGACACUAUUUCAUGCUCUCUCUCUCACUUUCUAGAUUUACUUGACAGUUUAAUUCAUGUUAUGAGACUCAACUUGACUCUCAAUAUUUUUACCUGUCCUCAUUUCAAUCCAUUUUUUUAUAUCAAAUAGUACGUGGUGAUUCUGGAAAAGUAUUGAAAAUCUGUAUUCAAAGAAAAUACAGUUUUGUAUAAAAUUGUGAACAAAACAAUAAUGUGAGUCAAAGAGUAUGGGCUAGGCAUAGUUUUAAGUAUAAUUUUUAAUGUUGUAUUAAUUUUGGAAUCAGUCGUUUUGUUGAUUUGUUAUUUCGGUCAAAAUUUUAAAUAAGUUAGUUUUUGAAUAUUCGUUUUUAUCAAAAUUUCAAAAAUUUUAAUGUUUCGACUACCUUUACGGUUUAUUUUAAGUUUUUAAUUUUUUGUAAAUAACCGCAUAAUUUGCGUGACAAUAGUUCGAAUUCGAAUUUAUUAUUGACGACAUAAAAUGUCUAAUUUAGUUUUUAUUUUUUGUCGUUUAACUUUUUUUUAAGGAUUAAGAGUGGUAUGCGUGUGCGUGAUUUAAAUGUAAUUAUUUUUUAGACCUAUUAUAUAAGACCUAACUAUUUUUAUAUGGCUAUAUCCUAAAAAUAUUAACUUUAAGAGAUGGUCCUUUUAAGAAUUGUACAUAGAUCCUUUGCAAUGUCGGAAUUGGUGAAAAAGUUUUUCGUUUUAAUGCAUAUUAAGUGCUAAGUUAUACGUUUCGUCGAGUGAUCUUUUUUAGAGAGUACAAUUUUUUUCGUAUUUCUUUAAGGUUUGAAUAAUAAUAGUUUUAUUUUUAAAGCUCUUGUGUGAUAGGUGUGUGUCUUGGGUUAAAUGGUUAUAUUUUUUAGUUUAAAUAUGCAAGCUGUCUAAAUAUCAUUCUGGUAUAUUUAAAAUUGAUUUAACUAUAACAAGAACAUAAUAGGUAUUUUUUUAUUUAUACAAACAACUCUUUAAAAUAAUAGUUUUAUUUCAUAUACAUUAUUUUAUUUUCUAUAUACAGAAUAACAUGACUUGAUUAUUCAAAAAACGUAGUAUAUUACUUUAAGCAUGAAUGAGUGUAUGAAUCUAUAUUAUAAGUAGUUUAUAAGUAAAUAUGGCGUAAAAUCUAAGUCUUAUAUAAUAUAAGUUGUAUAAAUAUUGGGAGGACUAUGCAAUGCAAUUUGUACUAAGCAAAUUUAUAUAUAGUAAAAGGUCACGCCUGAAUUUAAAAAUGUAGUGCUGUAUAAAGUUUCGUAUAUGAAAAUAAGAGUGUGUAUGUAAUUUUGAUGAGAUUUAGAGUGUAUGUGUCUUGAAUGGGUUAUUAUAUUAUUAUAUAUUUGCUUUUUUCGAUGACAUGUGACAUUUCAGUGCGCGCGCUUUUACUGAAUUACUAUUUUUAUGUAUAAAUUUCAUAUUUUUCGUCAUUUUUUUGUAUCAUUAUCGCUAUUGACAUUUCUUAUAUUGUAUUUUCAUUCAUUAAUUCAUUCGUUCAUUUUACAUUUUCAUAUUUUUUCAAUAUUAUAUGUUUUCGCGGUCUUUGUAAACAUUUCAUCUUAACAUUUUUUUUUAUAUACGCUAUAUUAUGUUUGGUGGUCAAUGAAGUAUUUUAUAUGCAAUACUCGAAAAUAUAUCUUCUGUAAGGGCACGUGCAUUAACGUAGAAAAACAUAAUUAAAACGUAACUUCGUAUAAUUUAACAAAUAAUUUUGAUAGUCGAUAAUUUCUUUAAUAAUUAUUUUUUAUUUUAGCAUUAUCAUUAAAGUCGUAAACGGCUACUCGUCAACUGAGUGAUAAAAUCAUAGAGUUUUUUUCUUUUAGCCGCCAUCUUGGAAAUGGCGCUGUAUUGUUACGUAUUCCGAUAAUAUGUACAUAGUUUCUACAUAGUUUUUAGAUUGAGUUUGCAUUUUGAUACGUUUUUCUUUCUUAUAGAUUUUACUUGUAAGCUAAAAAUUUAAAUUAAAAUAGAAAAUAAAACCUAUAAUUAAAUAGUCAUUCAUUAAAUAUCAACCCCCAGUUGUAAGGUGGCAAUAAAUCCAAUCAAAAACUAUAAUAGAAACACAAAAAAAAAAAUAGAUUUCGAAAUCAUUUUUAGGGUUAUUUUUUAUUUUAUAACAACUAAGGUAUAUAAUGCCAAAUUAUUUUGUAAGUUUGUUUAUUUUUAAACGAAAAUCGAGCUCUUUACCGUUUCAAUUAUUAGUUUUAAUUUGUUUUUAGUUUAUUAUUUUUAUAAUUAUACUUGAACGUGGCUGAAUAGUCUUAUAUACUAGUACGCUUUAACUUUUUAAUCUUUACUUAAUCGGGAGUGAAUCAGACUUAUCUAUAAAAUUCAAUUUUCACAUUUUUCGUUUUCAUCUACUUAUAUGUAAAUAUGAGUUCUGUUUAAAAAUAUUCUUCUUUUCAAUUAUUACGUUAUUGUUAUAAAUAUUUAUUUGUGGUUGUUAUAUUAUUUUUGAGAGACGGAAGUCUGAAUUUAUUCCUGAUUAAAUAAUAAUUUAGUUGGUUAAAUACAAUACAUAAUAUGUCGGCAAUCCGCCUUAGGUUAUUUGUGUUAGUUUUCAUUAGUUUUCUUUUUCUUCCGAUCUGCGGUAUGAUUAAAUUUAUUAAUAAGUUAUAUUUUCGUUGAUAUUCGAUUUAUAUUAAUUAAAAAAAAAACAACUAUUGGAAAGCGCAACAGAUAAUUAUUUAGAAAAAAUAUUUCGUUUAUAUUUACGUAUAAGUUAUUAAUUUAGUGAUGGGAAGAAUUUAUUUUUAUCGAUAAUUAUUUUUUUGUCUUAAAUUUUUAAAGAUCUUCGUUUACAACGUUUUAUUUCGUUGAACUGGACUCACAAUAAUGUGUGAUUUGCUACAAAUGGAAAUACUUCAUACAACCAAAAGGAAAUCCACCUCAACUAGGUUAUAAGUUUUCCCAUACACAAAAUGCAUAUAAAUAAAGUCUUAGAAUUCAUUAAAUCAUUAAAAAAAACUCAUGAAAGUCGGUAUUUAAAAAAAAAAUUAUUUUUACACGUUAGAUACCAUCGGUGAAGCCACAAUUUCUGAAAAUAAAAGAGUAAAUUAUAAAUGCAGGUAUAGAUAGGAAGAAGAGCGGAUAUGUCUCAAUCCAAAUAAUAUUUCAUAUAAAUGCGUACUCAAUAACAAAAGCAUUUUUAUCACAACGCGUGCUUAAUAAGUAAAGUUAUAAAGAAGGGCCAAUCAUUUAUCGAUAUCGAUAUAUCAGUUUUAUUUAUAGAUACACUAAAAAUAUCUCUUUUUGACCUUAAUAAAUUUGACUUCUAUAAUAUUAAAAUAUUGCCACUGGUUAAAAUAAUAUAAUAAAGAUCAACAAAAAUAAUGUUCAUUUUGGUUUUUUUAACAUAUAUUUUUAUAUGUAUAAAACUAUACUAACACACGCAUCAUACAUUCACUAACACCAUUUUCUUCAUAAAAUAAUCAUUAUAUUGAAUGUAUAAACUUCAUAUAAUUUUAAUUUCUACUUUAUUUUUUAUUAAAUAAUGUUCUUAUUGCAAUGGUUUAAGGAUUUGUGUUUUAUUUUUUUAUAUUCCAUCGAUACAUUUUGACAGCAAAUACGGUGUUAUCUACAGUUUUUUUUUUACUUUAAAAUGUAUAUUAUUUCAGUUUCGCGUAUUAAUAUUUUUAUAAUAUUGAUAUUAUUUAUUUAACUACAGUUAUUUUUUAAUUAUUUAGCAGUUACAAAUAUCUUAUUACUAUUUUUAGUUCCCAAAAAUUUAAACAAGACUUUUUUAUAGCAUUUUGUGUAUUGGGAGUUUUGUUUUUUUAAGUUAUUUUUUUAAAUUAAGGUUUAGUUUUCUAACGAAUCCAGUACUUACGUACUUCGUAUCAUAGCCGGUGAAAAGUAGAUCUCAUCAAAAGUCUAUUUCAUUCAUACAAUUUAUACAUUUUUUAUACACAUUAAAAGAAAUAGUUUGUGUAUAAAAAAUGAAUUAAUUUUCGUCAUUUAGUAUUACAUUAGAAUUAGAUUAAGUCUGUAUUAUAUUGUUCUUAACAAGAACACAAAAGUGGUAUAAAGAAUCUAUUCGGUAGUUAGUACAUUAAUAUAAUUAAUAAUAACUAAUAAUAAGCAAACUAAGAAUAUAGUAUAAUGUAAUAUUAAUGCAGAAUAAUCGUAAAAUUAUUAAUUUGAGUUAUGGAACACAAAGUUACAUUUUUGAAUUAAAUUUAAAUAUAAUUAAGCCGUUAUAAAAAUCUAAAAUUUAAUUUAAACAAUAUUUUAAUUUUUAUAAGAAAUAUUUUCUUUUUUAACAAUCCCUUUACUAGUUUUUAAGAUAAUCGUGUUCAGACAGAUAAACAAACAUGGCGGAGAAGCUUGGAUUUCUAAUAUAGGUUUAAAAAACUUUGAUUUCUAAUAUAGGAGAAAAAAAAAUGGCGUAUAACAGUGAAAUUGAGUAGAUGUGUAAUUAUAAUAGAUGUAUAAUUAAAAAUAAGGUCUAUAAUAAGAGUAUUUGUGUGUAAGAUAGGUAAGUACUCUAGUAAUACAUUAAUUAAUAAUUGUUUAGUUAAUUGUAGCUACAGAUUGAACGAUUCACACUUAAUAUU